GCUUACUAUUUCAAUCCAGAGCUAAACUACUAUAUUAGUAAUAAAUCCACACACCCCAUCCAUAUUUGAACAGUUAUAUGGCAUACACACACGCAAGUUUAUUGAUUUAGUGUGACUAUAUAUAUAUAUAUAAAAAGUCUUAAUAUGUGUUAAAGGCACCUUCACUCAAGCUUGACUGAGAACAGAGCAUGUUCAACUAACCGAGAGACAUCAGAGCAAUGAUGUAGAUAAAGAUGGAUGAGAUGAAGCAAAAUGGUUCCUCAUUCAUUUCUGGACCACAAGAAGGUUCUGACUGAUGCAAACCAAGCUGAAAGUGAUCAUGGAUCUCCGUAACACAACGUACAUAUCUAUUCAAGCCAACUGCACGGUGGACACCAGCUACCGCUUCACCUACUACAAGAUCUCCUACAGCGUGAUUUUUAUAUUCGGCGUUAUCAGCAAUGCCACAGCCCUGCGACGUUUCUGCCGCAUACCUCAAACGUUCACUAGCACGGUCAUCUACAUGGCCAACUUGGCGGCUGCGGAUAUCUUCUUCGUGAUAUCUCUCCCCCUGCGCAUCUAUUAUUACCACAACAAAGCUGCCGCUAUCUCCAACCGCACCAACGACUGGUCUCCAGGAGGUGCUUUCUGCCAGCUGACCUUCACAUUGAAGUACAUCAGCCUAUACGGAGGAAUCUUUUUCCUGGUUUGCAUUGGAGUAGACCGCUACUUUGCCGUGGUUCACCCUCUACAUCAACACCUGAGGAAGGUUCGUACCGCCCGCAUGCUCAGCGCUGGGAUCUGGUGCCUAGUCCUGGCCCUCAGCCUCACUCUGCCUCUUCUGUAUUCUGCGGCAUCGCGGUGGCACAAGUCAUGCCUUUUGGAUCCGUCUUCCAAACGGGACCAUACUAUAAUCCUAGCUGCUCUCGGCCUGGUGCAAAUCGCCUACCUAUUGCCCGCGUUGCUCCUGCUGUUCAGCUACUGCAGCAUACUCCGUAUGCUCCGCAGCCUGCCGCACCGCAGGAAGAUCCGGCACCGACGCACACUCACCGUCAUCUACUGGGUGCUGGUGGUCUUUUUUCUCUGCUUUACCCCUUAUCACCUCAAUCUGCUAGGUUAUACUCUCACACAGGUGGGCCUUGUGCGCAGCUGCGGCCUGGCUCAAGUCACAAAAGUGCUUCAUCCCAUAGUGCUCUCACUGGCCAGCACCAAUUGCUGCCUAAACCCACUCAUUUACUAUUUUUCCAGUAGCCUGAUUCACAAAGAGACGACCGGCAGCAGAGGAAGUGCAAGUCAAUGAUGUGUUUGCUCAGCAACGUCACAGAUUUUAGACUAGAAACAGACCAUGGAAAGGUCAUUUAAAGGAUUAGUUCAUUGCCAGAAUAAACAUUUCCUGGUAAUUUACUUACUCCCCCCCCGAUGUCAUCCAAACUGUUCAUGUCUUUCUUCAGCCAAAAAGAAAGGUUUUUGAGGAAAACAUUCCAGGAAUUUUCUCCGUAUGGGUACUUCAAUGGGGAUAAAUGGGUUGAAGGUCCAAAAUGGCAAUUUCAGUGCAACUUCAAAUGGCUCUACACAAUCCUACCUGAGAAAUAUGGAUUUUAUCUACAGGGUUCAUAUGGAUACUGUAAAAUUAAAUUCCAGGGAAAUUCAAGGACUUUUCAAGCAUUUUUUAAAGGCCUUCAACCAGAGGUUCCAUUACUAUGUGCUUUUUAAAAUCAUUAAAGGUGAUGUUGAAAUUCGAAAAUGAAUUUUUUUUUUUAUUUAAUCUGGUUUUUGCUAGUGAAUCGCUUGGAAAUGAAUGAUCAAAGUCAUGAGUUUAAAUCAUUAGGAGCGGUUCCAGCGUAAAUGACUCAAUUGAUUUGGUUCUCUUUUCGCAUCUUCAGCCAUGUUUACACAACACUGUCGCGGCACAUCAGUACUACUACUUGCUUAGUUUGAUCAUUUUCUGAUAUUAACAUAAAUAAGCAAAAAAUAUAAGAUAUAUUUUGAAUUGCGUAAAAAGAUGUGCUUAUUGACAAAAUUAAACACUUCCUUUAUAGAUACAUUGUUUUUCAAUAAUUGAAGCAUGUUUCCAAGUACCUCUUCAGGAAUAUUGCUAUUUUCAAGGGUUUUCCAGGCCUUAAAUUUAAAAAAGUAAAAUUCAAGUACUUUCAGCACCUUGUACGAACCCUGUAUCUAGCGAAACAAUCGGUCAUGUUCUAAAAAAGAAACUAAAUUAAAUGUACUAGCUUGACCUCACGCUUUAUGUAAUCACGCACACGUGACUUCUAACUUCAUUACGCAAUGCGUGAAGUCACAGACACGCAUCGCAGGGCUAGCGCAAGAUGAGCAUUUGUGGUUAAAGGGUAUAUAAAUGACAUUUUUUAGAAAAUAACCGAUCGUUUUGCUAUAUCAGACGCUUAUUCUUUGGCUGGGAUUGUGUAGAGCCCUUUGAAGCUGCAUUGAAACUGCAAUUUGGACUUUCAAACCCUAAAGUCCACUAUAUGAAGAAAAAUCCUGGAAUGUUUUCCUCAAAAACAUUAAUUUCUUUUCAACUGAAGGAAGAAAGACGUGAACAUCCUGGAUGACGUGGUGAGUAUAUGAUCAGGAACUGUUUUAUUCUGAAAGGGAACUAAUCCUUGAAAUGAUAGCUCAACUUAUGCUUUAGGUGACUGAAUAAAGCAAACAAUGCACGCAAAUGGCAGCAGACAGUUACUCACCGCUUUCCAUGCGAGACUCUCC